AGCUGUGCGAGCUGACAAAUCCCCAGAGCCCUAAAGGCAGAGUGAGAGAAGGACAAACGCCCUUCACUGGCUUUGGGGUGCCUAAUAGCACCAACCCGGUUCCUCUCAGUCAGCAGCAGCUGAACUUCCUGGUCAGUCUACCUGAAAUCCGAUCUGAAUCCUUCCCUGACUGGCUGGCAGAGAGGGAGCAAGAUUCCUGCAGCAGCUCACCUGAGACAGGCAGCUGAAAUGUCUAACAGAGAGCACAACCAAGAGUUCCAGAUGGUGGAGCAAAUGGAAGAGACGGGCGAAAGAAAAGCUGGCUAUAGAAAAGCUCCAGAGUCCAACCCAAGUGGAGGCAAGGAGUCCCCAUUUGUGACUUCUGAGUCUACUCCCUCCGCAAAUUCUUACACCAACCAGCAUGCCAUGAGGAAAUUCUUUGUUACAAGGCCAGGAGCAUUUGACCAAGCCAUAGAAGAUCUAAAAAUCCACGUGAUCAAGAAUUCGGGGGAAACUGCUCAGAGCUUCUGGCUUUUGUCUGAGGUAGAUCACUGGAACAACGAGAGGGAGCGUGUUGUAGUGAUCACAGACGCCAACCUCCUGGUCUGCAAAUAUGACUUCAUAAUGCUCAGCUGCCUCCAGGUGCAACGGAUCCCCCUGAACUACAUCGACCGUAUCUGCUGUGGCCAGUUCAUCUUUCCUGAGAGGUCCCUGGACAAGAGGGAGGGAGAAGGCCUGAGAAUCUACUGGGAUAAUCUGAAAGAGCCAUCUGCCCUGUCCCGUUGGAAUCCAUGGGCCACGGAUAUCCCUUACGCAACUUUCACAGAACAUCCCGUGAAGAACAGUAGUGAAAGGUUCAGUGCCAUCUGCCAGCUAUCUGAGUUCACUGCUCAGUUGAUCCGGGCCAUUCAGACUGCCCAGAGCAAGAACCCGGCACCAGGCAAAACCAGCGGAGUUGUGGUCCUGAAUCAACCCCUCCUGAUCGACACCUACAUGGGUUUUAUGUCUUUCAUCGGGAACCGAAACAAACUUGGUUAUUCCCUUGCCCGUGGGAGUGUUGGCUUUUGAAGUUCUGCAUGGUGGAGUGUGCUUUUGUUUGUUGAUGUCACUGUCCUUUAAAUUCUGCAUAUAGCCCCAUUUCUUUUAGAGGUUAAAAAGAUGCAAAGGUUAAGUGAUGCAUAGGUCUUGUGCUGGCCCUCUGCCCAGGGGCAAAUUUCCUGCUCUUUGCAAAGUUUUCCCCAGGGCCUUUCAGCCCCUGCUGUGUAUGAAUAUGGAUGUGUUAUAAACUCUUUACAGUGUGUGCAUUAGAAAUGAAUCAAAACCAGGACUCCGGACCUGAACCCUGACAAACUUUGGGGGAAGUUCCGAUCUGAAGUUGGCCCAUCUCUUUCAUAAAAACUCUACCCCAAACUAACCUGUCUAGUCCAAUCUCCCCAUUGCUAAUGUCAAUGCAGUGGCUGCACUGCUUGUGUCUACAAAAACACUCCCCGAGCGACAAAAGUUUUAGCACUGAAAAGUACCAGUACAGACAGUCCUCCCGGUGAUAAAGCUACCACCGCUUGUUUGGGGUGGUUAUUUUUUGUCACCGGGAGAGCUCUCCCCCGGCGAUAAAGCGUGACUACACUGCCCAUGUCAUAGUGCAGCUGCAGUCGCUUUGUAAGGUGGGCUGUGUGGACAUGUCCUAAGUGCUCCUGGAAAUCUGCAGUGCAAGACCUGCAGCUACCCAUUGCCUCUUCAAUGACCAUGUUGUUCUGAAGUCUGUUUCCCAUCUCAGGGUUCUAGGAACUUUGCAGCAAAGUUCAAUGUCAGGGCUAACAUUCACACGACAGAGAAAUAGUUCCUUAACUGAUCUCCAGAGGUUUACUAACAUGGCCCGGAAUUGAUACGAGCAUUUAGCUAUCUGCACUCUCUCCCAUGCCAGAUAUAUUAUUUGGUGCUUGCAUCUAUAUCUGCCGAUCCGUGCCUGGAAAUUACAUCCUACACUAUGCUCAGUUUUGCCUUUUAAGAUCUCUUGUUUUUUUAAAGAGCUGCCAUGUUUGAAAUUCUGUUUGGCUCACUUGGAGAAUCUCUGGAGCAACCCAGUGACACGUUUGGAAGGAAUUUUCUGUUUCUCUGGUUACAUGACAUCUGUCCAAAGCCCUUCAGAGUCAUUGGAAAGACUCACAUUGCUCUGAACUCUCUUCAGAUCAAACCCAUGGCAAAAGACAGCAGUGAUUUCUUGAAACAAAUCUUAAAGGAAAAAAAUGUUUACUCAUAAACUUUUCAUAUUCUGCAUAAGAUGUUGGAAUGGGGGGAAAUCCAACAAAACCAGACACGUUAUUUUCUGGACUUUUCAGACUAUUUUAGCUAAAUAGAUAAGUGGAUAGCAUAAUUGGAUCUCAGAAUUUGUUUGUUUUUAAGGAUCAUAAUCACAGUAUAUUGUCAUUUGAGAUGUUAAUAAAAUAAUCUCCACCGAG